AUGGAAAGAUGGAAUAUCCAAGAAGCCAAUUCAUACCCAGGAUAUGAAUGUGAUCAUAUAUGUGAAGGAAACAGUUACAUAGAAUUCGCGAUACCACCAGAAACACCAACGGAGCCCAUGGAAUUCUUGUCGCGGUCCUGGAGUGUUUCCGCUGCAGAAAUUUCAAAAGCCUUGUUUGCUCAGCAGAAACCGAAACACAAAAUACAAAACAAUACCAUCCCCCCAGUACCCGAGUCGUCAUUAAACGUUGCAGCACAAUCUCAACCCGAGGUAUCAUCAUCAAAGUAUAUUCAGAGUGUUAAAAAACCAACAAGAGGUAAAAAUUGGUUCAGUCAGAACACCAAGGAAGGCGGUUUUAUGAGAAAAAAAGAUAAAGCCCGGACCGAAAAAGCAAAGACCCAUGCUGCUCUGUGCAUUGCAGGGCUGGCGACUGCUUUGGCUUCCGUUACUGCUUCUGCAGAAUAUAAAAACGGCGAAAAUUCAAGAUUGAGCAGUGCCCUUGAGUCAGCUACAGAGCUAUUAGCAACCCAUUGUUCUGAGUUGGCAGAACUGGCUGGAGCUGAUCAUGAUCUUCUUGUUUCUGUCCUCCAAUCAGCCAUCAAUACUCAAACUCCAAGUCAUUUGAUUACUCUCACAGCUGCAGCUGCUACAGCGUUGCGGAGUGAAGCAGCUCUGAAAGCUAGAUUUCCAAAAGAAGCAAAGAAGAAUGCUACUGUGAUUCCAUAUGACAACGGAACGUCUGCUGGUCAUACUAAAUCCGAACAUCAUCAGUUCUAUACACAAGACAUGCUGCAACAACUACACAAAGGAGGGUUACGUUGGAAGCAAGUUUCCAUCUAUAUAAACAAGAAGUCCCAGGUAGUUAUCAAGCUCAAAAGCAAUUAUAUCGGAGGGGCUUUUUCCACAAAGAAUAAAGGUGUUGUCUACGGCGUCUGCAAUGACAAAGCCUCAUGGCCAUUCUGCAUAGAAAGGGAAAACUCGGAUGCUUAUUUUGGAGUUAAAACAGCAAAGGGUCUUUUAGAGUUCAAGUGCAAGAACAAAAUCCACAAACUGAAAUGGGUUGAUACAAUUCAAUAUCUUCUACAAAAAACCUAUAACAUUGAAAACAUUACUCAUUCAAUGAGUAUCUUAACUCCUUGAACAACUUUCACUAGCUAGCUAGCUAGUUGAUGCGUCUGGCGUCGUAGGUGCAAAAUUUUAAUUUUUUUAAUGUGAUGGUUUGUGCGUCGUCUGUAAUAGUUACGUUAUUUCUUGGAUAUAUACUUUGUGUUUAAGGUUUAUAUCUUACUCCCAAACCUUUGAAA